GCGGGGCGCCGGCCCCUGCCGCGCGCCGGGAGGAUGAAGAAGACCCACUCCGCCAAGAGGGGCCCCCAGGACGGCAGCCACCCGGCGGCGGCGCCCGAGAAGGUCGGCUGGGUGCGGAAAUUCUGCGGAAAGGGGAUUUUCAGGGAGAUUUGGAAAAACCGCUACGUGGUGCUGAAGGGGGACCAGCUCUACGUCUCCGACAAGGAGGUAAAAGAUGAGAAAAAUAUCCAAGAGGUGUUUGACCUGAGUGACUAUGAGAAGUGUGAAGAGCUCCGGAAAUCCAAGAGCAGGAGCAAGAAAAAUCACAGCAAGUUUACUCUGGCCCACUCCAGGCAGCCGGGCAACACGGCACCCAACCUCAUCUUCCUGGCGGUGAGUCCAGAAGAGAAGGAGUCGUGGAUCAGCGCCCUCAACGCUGCCAUUACCCGAGCCAAGAACCGCAUCUUGGAUGAGGUCACAGUCGAGGAGGACAGCUAUCUGGCUCACCCCACGCGGGACAGGGCGAAAAUCCAGCACUCCCGCCGCCCCCCAACUCGGGGACACCUGAUGGCCGUGGCUUCGACCUCUACCUCGGACGGGAUGCUGACCUUGGACCUGAUCCAGGAGGAAGACCCUUCCCCCGAGGAGCCGACCUCCUGUGCCGAGAGCUUCCGGGUGGACCUGGACAAGUCGGCGGCGCAGCUGGCGGGCAGCCGGCGGAGAGCAGACUCGGACCGCGUCCCGCCCCCCUCGGACCGGGCAGGCGGCCUCCCGCGGCCUUGGGAGAAGCCAGACAAGGGGGCCACCUACCCCCAGGCGCCCAAGAAACUGACCCCCACAGAGAAGGGCCGCUGCGCCUCCCUAGAGGAGAUCCUGUCUCCGCGGGACGCCGCCCGCCCCCUGCAAGCGCGGCCGGAGGACCCCCGGGCGCCCGCCCCGGCCCACCCGGCACAGCUGUCCCGGAUCCAGGACCUGGUGGCCAGGAAACUGGAGAAGACUCAGGAGCUGCUGGCAGAGGUUCAGGGGCUGGGAGACGGGAAGCGAAAGGCCAAGGACCCCCCUCGCUCUCCCCCCGACUCGCAGUCAGAGCAGCUGCUGCUGGAGACGGAGCGGCUGCUGGGGGAGGCCUCCUCGAACUGGAGCCAGGCCAAGAGGGUGCUGCAGGAGGUCCGGGAGCUGCGGGACCUCUACCGGCAGAUGGACCUGCAGACCCCCGACUCCCACCUCAGACAGGCCGCCCAGCACAGUCAGUUUCGGAAGAGCCUGAUGUGAGGAAGGGGCCGGGCCUGAACUCGGGGAGGCAGACAGUGUCGCAGGAGGAACCUUUUUUAUUUACCUCAGUCAAAAACAAAAAAACAAAAACGUAAUCAAA